UCACAAAAAUAAACAGAGAAUGGUGGAAGUAACUAGAAGCUGACUUAUUUAAAGUUUAUGUGUUUCUGACUCAUUCUUCUGCAAAUCUUUAUGGGUAGAACGCGAAAUAAAAGAUGGAAUUCUUGUUUAUUUUGGUUCGUAACGUCUUUAGGCGCUUUAUACUUGACGAUUUCAUCAUCCAAUGCGACGACAAGCGAAGCUGACGUAGACACUUUGAUUGUAGUGGAAGAUGAAGGUUUUCCAACUAAUAAUCAGGAUGCUGUCUCUGUAAACACUGUUGACAGUAGCAGAAAACUGAUCUAUGUGAGUACAUUGGAUGGGAAGUUAUCUGCCCUUGAUGUACACGAUGAAGGGGAAUUGUUGUGGAGUGUGCCUGCGGACACUAGACCCCUCCUGUCUUCAAGCAUCAGUCAGCUUGAGAUAAUGGAGAAUGGUGUUUCUACCCGCUACAUCCCGUCCCUCGAUGGUGGGUUAUAUCGCUAUGAUGGGGAAAGUAUUCACCCUGUUCCCCUAUCGGCAGAUAAGCUACUUAGCUCCUCCAACAAGAUGUCUGAAGAUACAAUGAUGGUUGGCGGGAAGGAUCUUGUAACUUAUGGACUGGAUCCACAGACAGGACAGAUUCGCUAUGCCUGUGGGGUGCAAGGAUGUCGAACGUUUGGUGACGAUGUAGGGCAUGAAGAUGACUUACUGAUUGUUACACGGCAGACACAGACUGUACGAGCUGUGGAGUCCAGAACUGGGGCAGAAAAAUGGAACUACAGUGUAGGACAGCACGAGGUCUCGUAUGUAAGGGGUCAGGAGGUCAUUGACCAUCGCCAGUGCGACAUCACAGCGGACGAGGAGGAUGUUACUUGUGCAGUUGAAGAUGGAGAUGCUGUAAGUGAUGAAACCAUGGAAGGAUUUAGCAGUACUGUGAAAGUUGUUGUGCCAGAGGGAAUGGUGGUGGGCGUCAGUCCAGACAACCUACAGGCCGUCAAGUGGACAUACAAGUUCAAGAGUCCCAUUUCCAAUGUGUGGCUACUCUUCCAAGGGAGAUUACAACAAAUUGACCUCUUCGACAACCGCAACAUACCGGCACUCUCAAGUUUCAGCCCGGAUGAAAGCCCCACUCAUCAGCCACUACUUUAUGUGGGAAUGCACAACACGCAGUUUUACGUACAAUCAUCAGAGCACAUGCGUGAAAAAAUGGCCACUGCAUCUCAAAAGUUUCGAGACAUCAAUCUCCAGAAUACUUGUCGCAAGGAUGAUAAACUGCCAAAAGUUGCAUGGAAACCAUAUUUGAAUACAGCCCACUGGCGAACACCUGUCAUGAACAACAGACGCCCUCAGAUUACGGCCGACCAAUCGCACAGACCAAAAGAACAGUGUGAAGAGUCCAGCGAGCAUGGACUUGCCAUUUGGCAUGAGAAUUACCCAUUUGACAAUGGAUUCUACCUGUACCCAGAAUUCACAGAUCUACCCCCGGAUGAAGAGGAGAAUCCAGAGGGCUGGUAUGAUGGGAACCAUUCACAAGAGUAUACAUUGUAUGAGGAGGUGAUGGCUGUGCCAGUUACACUCUGGACAUGGUGGAAAGAAGUGAUCGCUAUUAGUGUGGUAUUUUCUCUGUUAACCCAUGUUUUGGUGCAUCGGUUUAAGAAACUCCACAGGAAACUGCAGUUAGAACAGUGCCCGAUUAAUAGUCAGACCCAGAGUGAAAGUUUAAGCAAGGAGGAGGCAGUUGUAGAAACAGAAGGUCCUGCUAACCCACCUAGUCGACAAAACUCUGAUGAGUACAUCUCAAGAUACGCCACAGACUAUGACCAUCUCCACGUGUUGGGCAAGGGAGGAUUUGGUGUGGUGUUCGAGGCCAGAAAUAAAGUAGAUGAGUGUCAUUACGCCAUUAAGAGGAUCCCUCUACCUUACAGUGAGAGUGCACGAGAAAAAGUCAUGCGUGAAGUGAAGGCCCUGGCCAACCUGGACCAUGUGGGCAUCGUGCGUUACUUUCACACAUGGAUUGAGGCCCCACCCCCCGGCUGGCAGGAGGAAAAGGACCAGGAGUUUGAAUAUGUUGAAGGAGUUACUUCCCCUAUCAAUUCUCAAUACACCAGCAGAUCUCCUAGUUCUGUUCCCAACGGUACACCACCAGAAAUGACCUCCAAUACAUUUCCUGAAGAGCUUGGUUGUCUAAAAUCAAAGGGAGAUAAUUAUAAAAUAAGUAAAGCAUCCCCAAAACAUCCAAGUCCCUUAGAUUUUCUGAAAAACCCACUUGGGAAGAAUUUGCUAGAUUUGAGUGAGAGUGGGAUUAAAAGAGGGGGAAGUGAGGAAUUUUCUGUGCAUAAUAUAUCAGAAAGUAUGUGGGGUAAUACUGAAGAAGAAGAAAGUGGAUCAUUUAGCGGAAUGGGAACUCCAAAUUUCACAUCUAAUUCCUAUGAUGACAGUGUUGAUAUCUCGUUUAGAAAUGACUGCGGUGACGUACCAGUCAGAACUGUUGAUAAAAAUGAGAACAAACAAAAUGAACAUGAUUUAGACAUUAGUACAAGUGAGAAAGGGUAUUUCUUGAAUCAUGUUGUACCAAUAGAUGAGUCGAAUGAUUCCUUCCAGAUCGUGUUUGAGGAUUCAGGGUGUGGUGAUAAAAGUUCAAAAGGGUCAUGUGAUGAUGUUUGUAUUGGCAUACAGUCUAGUCAAUCUGGCACAAGUUUGUCUGGUUUACAUAGCUCAAAUUUAAGUAAGGAUAGCACUCAACCAUUCCAGAGAAGUCAUUCUAGAACAAAUUCUACAGACCAGUCAAAGAAUUUCAGGAAAACACAUGCAAGAACAAAUUCUAAAAGUCAUUCCCGAUCAAAAAGCCAUGACCUCGCUCACUUGACAAUGGAAAAGGAGACGAAUAACAGUGCUGACAAACCUGCGGAAUCACAAACCAAGGGACCAAAGCCAAAACUAUUCCUAUACAUUCAAAUGCAGUUAUGCCGAAGAGAGACAUUAAAGGAUUGGCUCGCCUCAAAUACGUUAAACCGUGGUCGUCAAACAGUUCUGGAUGUCUUUGAUCAAAUUACAUCAGCAAUAGAGUAUGUCCAUGAUUCAGGACUCAUGCACAGGGAUCUAAAACCGUCAAACAUUUUCUUCUCUAUGGAUGGAGUUGUUAAAAUGGGGGACUUUGGCUUGGCUACGACACUUUCCGAAGAACAGAAUGAGGCCCUGUAUGGGGGAAGCCCGUACAAAAAACACACAGCUCAAGUUGGCACACAGCUCUACAUGAGCCCUGAACAGAUGAGUGGUAAGAAAUACUCCCAGAAGGUUGACAUCUUUUCUCUGGGUGUGAUCUUGUUUGAACUGCUGUUUCCGUUCGCUACACAGAUGGAACGUGUAAAUACACUGGUGCUCGUAAAACAACAGAUUCUUCCAAAUCGAUUCAAAAGAGAGAUGCACAAAGAGGCAGUAUUUGUGAAAUGGCUGCUCUCACCUAAACCCGAAGACCGACCUACUGCCAAAGAGAUCUUAGAUAGUGAACUACUUUGCGAGUUUGAGAACCGUCGUAUGCCGAAGAGAUUUCGAUCUAGAACAGUUUCUCAAAAUAGCUCUUAAAUCUUUUUUGUCAUUGCUUUUGAGGAAUGGCUGUGUUUUUAAUGAGAACACGGCUUUGCUGCAAGCCAUUUUGAAUGCUUUAUAGAGCUGUUGUGCUGUUGUUGGUUUUUUCAUUUAAACCAGGUGGUAAUGGUUUCAAAUAAUGUUUACACAUUAAACACUCUGUUAAAUUAGAAGUUUUAUGAUAUCAUAAGUGUAAGCCAAUUGUUGGUAAAUACUCUUUGAAUAAGAUUAUAACUGCCAUAUUUCACCUUUUAUAAUUGUUUUCAACUUCGUCUUUAAACAUUGCAGCCAAUUUUGUGAUAUUUUUGUUAUUAUUCAAGCCAAUAAUGCUAUUGCAACUGGCUUGGUGAUAUAUAAAUUCAAUGUCCCAAUAUUAUUGUUGUAAAUACAAUAAAAACACUUAUAUUUCAAAUAUAUUCCUCCUUUCAUCUGGGCUAAAAUACAUUUUUCAACAUAUCAUUUUGUAAUAAAAUUUGUAGUGAAUUAUUGUUAGCCCAGUCUAGUUGUUUGUUAUUAUAAUCAUGACAAGACAGUCAAUUUAAUGACUUUUUAGCAUGAUUUAAACCAAGCCAGGUGUCCUUCAUAUUGUGUCAUACAGUCAUGGUAAUCUGGUAAAACCUACCAAUAGCAUUUGUUGUUUGUGUGUCAAUAGUUUCCCAUUAAUAGGUGAAUAAAUAGGCGACCAAUGGCCGUGACAUUCCUGUACUGUUUCAGUGUUUUGAUUGUCAACUGUUAGCAAUAUUACUGUAUGCAAUGGUACAUUGAGUUGUUCUUGAAUGUUUGAGGCAGGUUGGUGGCUAUUUGAACGGCUUGUUUGGUUAGAAAAUAAUGACUUGUGAAUGAUUGUUAUUUGUUACAAAGUAGAAGUACUUUGCUGUAGUUGUAGUAAGUUAAUCUUUAUUGGUUAUAUCAAAUCACUGUAUAUUGAUCAUGUUUGUAAUUGUUAAAGAAUGAAUAAAGUGUCUUUGAAGUACACAUCA